AUUAUCAUGGCGUCCGAAAAUGACAGAUACCCCUUACAUAAAGCAGUUUUUGAAAAUAAUUUAAAAAAUUUGUCACGUCUCUUAAGAAAACACGAUGUGGCAGAGAAAGACAUACAUGGAAAUACCGCUUUACAUUUAGCGGUAAUGCUUGGAAGAAAAGAAUGUGUACAACUACUUUUAAAACAUGAUGCCCCUGUAAAAGUAAAGAAUGGAUUAGGCUGGACUGUUCUAGCAGAAGCUGUUAGCUAUGGAAAUCGACCAACAAUAUCCUCCCUAGUAAGGAAGUUUAGGCAACAAUCAAGGGAGCAGAUGGAAGAACGACGACCAAACUUAGUAAAAGCUUUAAAUAAAAUAGGAGAUUUUUACAUGGAAUUGAAGUGGGAUUUUCAAUCUUGGGUUCCUUUGGUCUCUAGAAUUUUACCCUCAGAUAUAUGUAAAAUAUACAAAAGUGGUGCUAAUAUAAGGCUGGAUACAACACUUGUAGACUUCUCUGACAUGAGAUGGGAAAGGGGAGACAUUUCUUUCAUAUUUAAUGGCACUGCUCCACCCAAUGAAAGCCUUACAGUUUUAGAUAAUGUUUUAAAAAUAUACCAAAUGGUUAAAUAUGAAGAGAGUGAAAUAGAAAUUGAAGAUGAAGUAGACCUUUUAAUGUCAACAGACAUUUUAUCUGCACAAAUUUCGACGAAAAAUAUAUCGUUUAUACGGGCCCAGAGUGGUUGGAUUUUUAGAGAAGACAAAAAAGAAUUAGUUGCUGGACAAUAUGAGAGUGAUUUGUAUGUUGUACAUGGACUUGUUCUAGAAAGUAAAAAACGAAGAGAACAUCUUUCCCAUGAUGAUUUGCAGAAGAAUAAAGCCCUACUUGAAAGCUUCACAAAAGGCUCUAAUAUGCAAAACUUUGAUCAAAAUGGAAUUCCAGUACGUAGGUUGAGUUUGAACCCCCCGCCAGACAAAAACGUCACAUGGGAGCAGUACAUUGAGUCAGAACUAAAUAAUUAUCCACGUUUGGGUCGUGACCUGGUCUAUAAAGAAUCAACAAAGUCCUUUAAAGCCACUAUAGCAAUGAGUUCAGACUUUCCCUUAUCAGUUGAAAUGUUACUCAACGUUUUAGAAGUGAUAGCGCCAUUUAAACAUUUUUCCAAACUUCGAGACUUUAUCACGUUCAAAUUGCCCACGGGGUUCCCCGUCAAAGUCGAAAUUCCCAUCUUGCCAACCGUUACGGCGAAAAUCACAUUUCAAGAGUUCGAAUUUCGGGAGAAUAUGUCUGACGACCUCUUUAGAAUACCUUUGGACUAUACAGAAGACCCGUCAAGGUUCCCGGACUUAUGACGCCCUGAAAUAGUAAACACAUUUGCGGUAAGUAAGGCAGUCCGGCCGCUGUUUGUAACCAAAAAUGAACGUCAACAACUGUCGCGCAUAAAGUUCGUCAACAAACUGCGCAAGUGCAGGGAAUCAUGGAAAUCAACUAACGAAAAGGACGAGGUGCCAAUCGUUUCCAUUGAAAUUCCCAUGCUGUUUACAUUGGGAAGCAUCUACUCCACGAACUGUACGGUCUACUUAGACUAAGAACGCGUUUUCGUAUAUUUUGUACUGUUAUUAUGGACGAAAAACACGGAAAUUUACCCUAUCAGAUCGAACGGUCUGUUUUUAAUAUCUUUGUUCCCUGUAGAGAUGGUUAUUUUCCAGGUUAAGCCACGAUAAUAAACCCUUAAUUAAUCUUAAAGUCGGAUAAUUAUUUCUGAAACUACUUAAAAGCAUUAAACGGUCAACAGCAAUAUUUAUUUAACUUUUUAAUUUUAACCAUAAACGUUAUGUGUUGUGUACCGGUCGUUAUUUUAAUGUUAGAUUUUAUGGAUAAUUAUUAAUUAAUUGAAUUGAUCAAAAGACUCUCAGAGCAAUGUACUGAUUAUUUAAACAAUCGGAAAAACUUACGUUAAUUGACGUUCUUUUGAGCUACAGUAGUUUAAUAUUAUCGGUAAAUAUUACCACCGUUUUCGAACUGAUUGAAAUAAAAUUAUGCAAUCUACCAUUGAGUAAGACAUCGGUGGCUUAGUGGGUUGAAUAAAGGUAAAAAUGGUAAAAUUGUGCCCCGGCACCAACCGUAUAAUGUGUAAAAUCGACCUUGACGGUUAUUUCAGUAGAUGAAAUGUCUGUGAUUUAUUUAUAAAUUGUAGUUUUUAACUGUUGAGAAAAAGGUUUAUAAUGUUCGAUUAGAGGCAUUUUGGGUAGACGACAGAUUGAAAAAAUCGAUCAUUGAUUAAGUAAAAGAGAUAUCGAAGAAACUCUCGGCUCUCCUCAUACCCAACUGCCUCUGAUUUUUGAAGGUGCUUUUUUUUUUAAUCUAAUUUGAAGGACUUACCACAACGCUUAGUGUUUUUUCAUUCUUAAUCAGAGCAAUUGUAUUAGUAUUAAUAUUUAAAGUUAGUAUUCACGUUAAGUUGUAAAAGUCGCAAAUAAAAUAGUUUUUUUAUCAUUCGAUUUCGGUUUGGUACAAGCGCUUUAAUUUCGGAAAUUCUGACAAUAAGCCUGCUAUUACUUUAUGCAAAGACUAGGGUCCUAAUCAAUACUUGCUAAUCAGUAGGGAAUACAAAUCACGAGCUAUAAUGACUGAAAUAGUAACAAAAACAUAAAAGAGAAUCAAUUCUGUUACUUAAUUGUUGUUUUGGACGUUAAAUUUUAAUUAAUUGUUAAAUUUAUAAUUUUUUUAUUAAUCCCAAAUGAAAUGUUUAUUAGUCGCAAAGAAAAAAUCACAGUUUUGUCAGACCUUACCGAAGGAAAUGUUUAGAUAGUAAAAGAAAUGCAUCCAUUGUCUAAUUACCUGUUGUUAUUUUGUAAUUGGUUGCUGUACGAGUUCACGUGGCUGAUGUUAAUCCUUUAGUUGCUGCCUCAUCUUUGCCAUUAAUUAUUUCGAAUGAUAAAUUAAGUGUGUAAUUGAAUUGCUGCGUAUUUUCUUUCUGAUUGCGAAUUCCUACUAAAUACUGAAUGUUAUUUCCUUCGAUGUGUUGUAGUUUAUGGACAGAUUCGUCUAGUUAAAAAAAAAAAUAAGCAAAUUAAUGUUUUAUGUCCCGAUAAGUAAAAGAAUAAUAGUCAAUUUUAUUAUGAAAUAAUAAAUUAAGUAAUAAUAAAAUAAUUAUGAACUCGCCUUUUUCCCAAGUCAAUAUUUUAAACGCAAUAAUAAACGAUAUGCUUUUGCUUUGAAAAAUAAUAAUUAAAUUUGAAAUAGGAAACUUGAUUAUACUAACAGAAGAAAAUGGUACAUUUCAAUAACACUGCCAGUUUUUAUAACAAUUAAAAAAAUUAGUAACAAAUCACGUCUUGUCUAACAGGGUUUGAAAUGUUUAUCGAUGUAUUUAUGUGAUGUUAAUGGCGUAAAAAAAAAAUGUGUCGUUUCAAAAGGAAUAUAUUUCAGCGAAUAUUAAUAAUUAUAUAUGUACCUGUACAUAUUGUUAUCAACAAAUGUAAACCCCGUGCCUCCACAAUGUAAUGGUUUCUAUUACCAAGCUAUCAUCUGAUGUUCCUUCAUUUUUUAAACUGUAAUUUUUUAUGGCCUAAUUGAUAGUAACAAGACGCCUAUAUACGAGUUGUACUAUUAAAAACUUGUCUCUAUAUCGUUCCUGUUGAUUAUUUUUUUGUUAUGUGAUGGAUGUGAUGGAGGAGCUGCAGAUGCGUGUGACAUAACAGAAUUAUUUAAAUUACGAAAAAAAAUUAUUUUAUGCAGAGUACAUAUCACAAGAGUCCCCUAGACAUUCCAAAACAAAAAAAUAAUAUGUACGCAGAUUGUAUUAUUUUGUAGUUUCAGUGGUGUUAGUUUUUAAGUGUGUUUUUGUAUUGAAUUCGUUACUUCUGAAAGAAAUAGUAAUAAUAAAGGCUUUGUUACAA